GCAUGCGCGCGUGGCGCCUGCACGCGUACGGCGCGCUGCGCGAGCUGCGCCUGGAGGAGGCGCGCGCGCCCGCGCUGCGCGAGCCGCGCGACGUGCUCGUGCGCGUGCGCUGCGCCUCGCUCAACCCCAUCGACGUGGCUAUGAUCGGUGGCUACGGCGCGCGCGCUCUCAACACGCUGCGGGCGCUAGAGGGCGCGGAGGGCGUGGAGUUCCCGCUGGUGCCGGGCCGCGACUUCGUGGGAGAGGUGGUGCGCGCAGGGCCGGCCGCGCGCCUGCGCCGCGGACAGCGCGUGUGGGGCGUGGUGCCGCCGCACCGGCAGGGCUCACAUGCCGAGUUCGUGGUCGUCCGGGAUGAAUGGGCGGGGCCGGCGCCGCGCGAGCUGGACGACGCCAGCGCGGGCGGUGCGCUGUACGCGGCGCUGACGGCCAGCGCGGCGCUGCGGGCGGCCGGGCUGGCGGGCCGCGAGCGCCCGCGCGUGCUUCUACUGGGGCUGGGCGGCGUGGGGCAGGCCGCGCUGCAGCUGCUGGCGCGGCAGGGCGCGCACGUCACCGUGGGCUGCUCCGCCGCGCUGGCCGAGCGCGCCGAGCGCCUGGGCGCCGCCGCCGCGCUCGACCGCCGCGCGCCCGACUACCACGAGCGUCUGGAGGCGGCCGGCCCCUACGACGUAGUGCUGGACUGCGCGGGGCUGGGCGGCGACGCGGCCGCCGCCAUGCGCAGCCAGUUCGCGCGCUACGUGACGCUGUCGUCGCCGCUGCUGCGCCAGAUGGAGGCGCGCGGCGUGGCGGUGGGCGCGCUGUGCGCGGGCGCGCAGCUGCUGGCGCAGAGCGCGCGCGCGGCGUCGGCGGUUCGGGCGCGCGGUGGGGCGCCGGCGUCGCCGCUGCCGCCGCACGUGCGCUGGGCGUUCUUCUCGCCCAGCGCCGCCGACAUCGAGCACCUGCGGCGGCUGGCGGAGCGCGGCCAGUUCAGCGUGUUCGUGGAACGCGUGUUCCCGUGGUGGGAGGCGCGCGAGGCGUACGAGCGCGCGGCGGAGGGCAGCGCGCGCGGCAAGCUGCUGCUGGACUUCACGGCGCAGCGCCACGACUAGUGGCAGCGAGCGACGCGCGACCAGGCCACAAGGACUACGAUAAUCUUGGAAGGAUGAUUUCCAAUUGUUGGAUAAUAUUUAAUGGAUACUGUCUGACAUUACAGAGUCUCCUUUCAAGAUAAAAAGAUGACUGCAUUGUAUUUAAUAAAUAGAUUCGGUGUAAUAGUAGGCAAUUAAGAACUCUGUUUGACUUGUUAAUAAAGUUUGAUUUAUACUUGC